AUGGGGAGGGAAGAGGAUAAGGCUAAUAGAUUUGGAGCUAUAGGUGAAAAAAUAGCAAAAAAGUGUGACGGCUUGCCACUUGCGGCAAGAGCCUUAGGUGCUCUCAUGCACUCCAAGAGGAAAAGGGGAGAAUGGGAGGACGUCUUGGAGAGUAAGAUAUGGGUUUUAAAAGAGGUUGAGCAACAAGUUUUUCAACCUCUUUUACUCAGUUAUUAUGAACUUGCCCCUGUAAUUAAGCGUUGCCUUUUAUAUUGUGAUACGUUCCCUAAAGAUUAUCGGAUGAGUAAACACAAUUUGAUUGAGAUGUGGAUGUCACAAGAUUAUCUUAGUGGGAAGGGCUAUAAAGAAAAGGAGAAAACAAGUCAAACUGUUUUCGAGACCUUAGUGAUGCGAUCAUUUCUUCAGGAUGUUGUGGAAGACAAAUUAACCAUUUGGGACGAGAGUAUUACCAUAUUUUGCAAGAUGCAUGAUAUCGUGCAUGACUUCGUUCAGUUCCUCAACAAGAAUGAAUGUUUUAUAAUGGAGGCUAAAGAAGCAAACGGAAGAAUAAGUGAGGAGGUCCGUCAUUUGAGCUUAAUGCAUGCACCAUAUGGUUCCCCACUGUCAGAUUUUAUCUCAGCAGUGAAUUGCAAAAAGUUACGCACUCUAGCGGCUUUUGAGUCCAGGAUGUUGCAUGGCUCAGAUUUAAAAGCAAUUACACUAGUGAAAUGUCUGAGGACAUUAAAUUUGAGGGACACCGCCAUCGACGAACUUCCAGAAGAGAUGGGGGAAUUGAUAUAUUUGAGACUGCCUGAGAAUAUGGGGAACUUGAUUAAUUUAAGACAUGUUCAUACCGAGGGUUGUCAUGAGCUGGAGUAUCUGCCGAGAGGUAUGGCCAGAUUAACAAGUCUGCAAACACUAAACCAGUGUCCUAUUAUUGAUGGUGAAGGCUUGAAAUUAGGAGAUCUGGGAAGCUUGGACCAGCUUCAGGGUAGUCUCACGAUUAAGAUCAUGGGGAGGUUGGAGGAUGCUGUGAGUGAGGCGCAAAUGGCUUGCUUGUGGAAUAAAAAGCUUUUUCAUUUGAACCUAUUUUUGUCACACUUGGAGGAUGCACAAGACCUGGAAGCAUUGCGGCCUCAUCAACAUUUGGAAACUUUAUCGAUUUUGGGGUAUGGUGGCAGCACGGCGCCCAGUUGGAUGAUAUCGUUGCAGAAUUUGAGAUCCCUUGUACUAUAUAUGUGGAAUGGAUGUGAAAGUUUGCCUCCUCUUGGGAAUUUGCCCUUCCUUGAACAACUAGAUGUAGCUGAAAUGGACAAAAUGAAGAGGGUACGUUGGAGAUGCAUUUUUGGGCACUCAAACAUCCUCAUCCUCCUCUGUUUCAUUCCCUAA